GUUUCGUCAAGAUCGCCGAGAGAACCGCUAAUGUCUAGCUCGAAUUAAACGAAUUAUUCGUACCGUACAUAUUUUAUUUGAAUCUUCCCAACAAACCGAUGUAUUAUAGUCUUGUGUUUUUCUAACAAAAGAUCAAAUCAAAUUUUAUAUCACUCAACCUUUUGAGUUUUGUUUUUAAAAAAAUCUUUAAUAUUUUAAAAAUUUAAACGCAUUCCAACACUGAUCACAAGUGAUGAUAAAAAGUUUCUAUUAUCGUUUUAAAAAACUCCAUUCCAGUUUCCUUAUUUAAAAAAUAAAGAGAUUCCAAAAAAAAGUUCCUUUUGUUUUAAGAUUAAGAUAAUCGAAAAUCCAAGGAUAAAGCUUCAAUGUGACACCGACUUGAGUUAAGUGUUUAAAAAGAUUUGUACAUGUGCCUUCAACUUCAAUUUCAACUUCAAAAAGUAUAAAGAACUAAAUCCCUGGUUAUAUUCUCUAUAAAUGUGAUGCUUCUUCAAUUAAUAUCAUUUUGAUUUCGAUUAACGAGUGUGUCUUGAAAUUUGGUUGUUUGAGAUUUUUGUUUGUUAGGUAUAUCAAGGAAAAUAGUUCAUUGAUCGUUGUCUUGUAUUUAUAUUGUCGUUUGCGUUUCGUCCAGUUUUGGAAGAUUCGGAAUUACAAUUUGAAUGGAAAAUAUUUGCUGCAUAUACAACUGUCACCAUUGUUGUCGGGAUAUAUCUGGCAUUUUAAAAUUGGAUAACUUAAAAGAUCGGUAAAAGUUACCACAAACUAUUUGACAGAUAUUCGUCAACUGAAAAAGGAAUUUGGAUAUUCUUCAGUUUAACAAGUGCAAACUUAUUUAAUAAAUUUCUUAUUUCACAUCUCGAUUGGAUCAAGCGAGAAAAGAAACAAUAACUCGUACUCAUAGAAUGGUAGAAGGUGAUUCUGGUAGAAAAACAACUGAAAACUGUAAUGUAAAGGACGACCUACAGCCGCAAGCCCUUGCAAACACAGGCAAUAACAACCAUUCAAUAUUAACGCCCUACUCUAUAACCUCGGGCAUCAAGGAUAAGGAAUACCAGAUAACCACCAAAGAUGGCUACGACCUCACUUCAGUGCCACUCUACAAGCAUGAUUUAGAACGUGGCAAUGGUGUUACCGCCAUCAGUAAUGCACCUGGUGGUGGUGGCGUUGGUGGUGUCGGUAAUGGAGGUGGUGGAGGAGGAGGAGCUGGUACCGGUGUUCCCGGAUCUGAAGUCGGCAUUCGUGCCGAUUUCGAACAAGCCAUCGAAUUAACCGGCUAUGGAAAAUUCCACUAUCUACUACUAGCGAUAUGUGGUCUCGUAAGUACGAGCGAAGAAAUGGACGUUAUAUCGAUGUCCUUCAUCCUGCCAUCGGCCCAGUGUGAUCUCGAUCUAAACACUCAAACCAAAGGAUGGCUAAAUUCGAUUAUCUUUAUUGGAAUGAUGGUGGGGGCAUAUUUCUGGGGUAGUAUAGCUGAUUCGAUGGGUCGUAAAAAGGUUCUGAUUGUGAUCUCGUUCAUGAAUGGAUUCUGCAUAGUGGCCUCGUCCUUUUCACAGAAUUAUGAAUGGUUCAUGUUGUUCCGAUUUCUCAAUGGUGCUGCCCUUGGAGGUAGUGGUCCAGUUAUUUGGUCAUACUUCGCCGAAUUCCAACCGAAAGCCAAGCGUGGUUCCAUGUUGAGUUUCAUGGCAGCGUUUUGGACAUUUGGCAAUCUAUUUGUAGCCGGGCUGGCCUGGUUGAUUAUUCCAACUAAUAUUGGAUUCAUAACGCCAUACUUCAAAUACAAUUCCUGGCGUAUCUUCUUAGUUGUAUGUUCGAUACCAUCGUUCAUUGUAGCUUGUCUGCUCUUCUAUCUACCAGAAUCGCCUAAAUUCCUUCUAUCGAAAGGAAAACAUGAUCGAGCUCUGGCCAUAUUCCGUGGAAUCUUCGUUACAAAUACCAAAAAACCACAAGAACUCUAUCCAGUCAGGGAACUGGUUAUUGAUGAAAAACUUCAGCAAGAGAUUGCCGCCAAUAAGGCUUCUCUCAAAGGAAAAUACCAUAAAAUGUUGACCGGAAUGGUGGAACAUAGUAAACAGCUUUUCCGUUCGCCAAUUCUCAAAUUCACCGUUGUAUCAAUUGUUAUCAAUUUCACAUUCCACAUCGGUUACUAUGGUCUUAUGAUGUGGUUCCCGGAGUUAUUCAAUCGAUUCGAUGAAUACGGACAAGCGCAUCCUGGUGAAACAGCUGGAGUAUGCACCGUCACCAAUUACGUGGUAAACCUUGGCACACAUGCAACAGAAGGAAUCUGCUCCUCGCAUAUACCAAGUGCAGUAUUUAUGGAAUCACUCAUAUCGCUGGCUUCUGCUCUGCCUGCCAAUCUGAUAGCUAUCCUCGGGAUGGAUCGUCUCGGAAGGAAGUUCUUUUUGAUUUUCGGAACAAUGACGUCUGGUGUGUGCUCGGCAGCGAUGUACUUCGUAUUCAGUAAAACCCAGAAUCUUAUCGUAACAGCAGUAUUCAGCGGUGCCAUCUCUGCAGCUAAUGCGGCUCUCGAUUGUCUUAUUACCGAAGUCUUCCCAACGAAUCUAAGAGCAACUGGUGUAGCAAUUUCCAUGGUUGCAGCACGUUUGGGUGGUAUCGUAGGCAAUGUGGUGAUAGCCACUCUUCUCGAUACCUACUGCCCGGCGCCAACCUUUAUUGUCGCAGCGCUGCUUAUAGGUGGUGGAUUGAUGUGCCUGCUAUUGCCAAAUACCACGCGGACAUCACUCAAUUAAAAGAAGAAAAGAAGUUCAAGGAUACGAAUCAAUCUAGAGAUUAAAAGUUAAAAUAUACAAAACAAAAACAAAAACACAACCAAAAUCUGUGCCAAAAUCAGAUCAGAGAAUUUAUAAAUUUUUACAUUUUACACAAAAAACAAAACAGAAACAAAAAGUUAUCCAUAUUAUUAUGGAGCUCUUUGCAACCUUUACCGCUAAGGUAUUAAUUUAUUGAAAUUAUUGUGUAUUACCUCUAUCGUAAAACGUAAACUUUAAUAAUUGUAUUGUACCUAUAAAAUGUAAGUUUAUUAUUUCCUUUUAGUUUUUUUUCUUGUUUUCUUUGAUUUAUUAUUAUUUACCUUUUAUAUAUGUUUAGUUGUCGACGUCGAUAGUUAAGUUUUUAAGUCAUUAAAUAUCUUUUUGAUAGUUCAGAAUGUACAUAAUGUUUAAGUGCAAAAAAAGUAUUUUGUUUAGAUUUUAUGAUUAAAUAAUAAAAAUAAUACACAAUUAAAAGUAUUUAAAAAA